CAGCCUGCAGCCUGCGGCCGCGUUCGCCACCGUGGUCCGCCCAGCCGGCCCGGCCCGGCGCCCGGGGAGUCGUUAGUACCCGGUGUCCAGCCCGCGGGGUUCCGCGCGACCCCCGCCUGGCGCGAGCCCGCCCCGCCCCUCCCGACACUUGACCCAGCCGGGUCCCAACGCCCAGUGCGGCCGCCCAGGGAGCCGCGGGAGCGGCGGCGGCGGGGGGAGGAGGGAGACGAGGGCCGAGCCGGCGGCCGCUGAGGCCCCGGUCUUGAAGUCUCUUCUCUGCCCGAGUUUGGUCUCGCCCAGCCUUAUUUCUUUCUCUGCGUACUUUGUGCGAAUAAGUUUUGGAGCAUCGGUUAACAGCCUAUGGGUGAAAUUUGACUUUCGUGAAUGAGGAAUUAUUCUUGACAGAAUUAUUUUAAAAGAAAAAGCUACAAUGGCCUCGGCAGUACUUAGUUCAGUUCCCACUACUGCUUCUCGUUUUGCCUUGUUACAAGUGGAUAGUGGCAGUGGUUCUGAUUCUGAGCCUGGAAAAGGCAAAGGUCAGAAUACUGGGAAGUCUCAAACUUUGGGAAGCAAAUCAACUACAAAUGAGAAAAAGAGAGAGAAAAGAAGAAAAAAGAAGGAACAGCAACAGAGUGAAGCAAAUGAGCUCAGGAAUCUUGCUUUUAAGAAAAUUCCCCAGAAAUCUUCUCAUGCCGUCUGUAAUGCUCAACAUGAGCUUUCAUCGUCAAACCCAGUACAAAAGGAUUCACGCGAAGAAAAUUGGCAAGAGUGGAGACAAAAAGAUGAGCAGCUGACAUCUGAAAUGUUUGAAGCAGAUCUUGAGAAGGCAUUAUUGUUAAGUAAAUUAGAAUAUGAAGAGCACAAAAAGGAGUAUGAAAAUGCUGAAAAUGCUUCAACUCAGUCAAAGGGUAUGAAUAAAAAAGAGAAAAGAAAGAAUCACCAGGGGAAAGACAAACCUCUCACAAUAUCACUAAAAGAUUUUCAAUCUGAAGAUAACAUUUGUAAAAAGACUGAGGAAUUGAGUUCUUCUCAGACUUUAUCACAUGAUGGAGGAUUCUUCAAUAGACUGGAAGAUGACGUUCAUAAAAUUCUUAUUAAAGAAAAAAGAAGAGAACAGCUUACAGAAUAUAAUGGAACAGAUAAUUGUACAACUCAUGAACACAACCAGGAUAAAUUCCUAGAAGUAAGAUUCCUGGGACUAAUAGAAGUGGUUCUGAAAGAUGGAAGAAUUGAAAGACUAAAAUUAGAACUUGAAAGGAAAGAUGCCGAAAUCCAGAAGCUGAAAAAUGUGAUCACUCAAUGGGAGGCAAAGUACAAGGAAGUAAAGGCAAGAAAUGCACAAUUACUGAAAAUGCUUCAAGAAGGUGAAAUGAAAGAUAAAGCUGAAAUACUUCUGCAAGUUGAUGAAUCACAAAGUAUCAAGAAUGAGCUGACUAUACAGGUGACUUCGCUUCAUACUGCAUUAGAACAAGAAAGAUCUAAAGUGAAAAUAUUACAAUCAGAAUUAGCCAAAUAUCAGAGUGGCAGAAAAGGGAAAAGAAACUCUGAAUCCGACCAGUGUAGGUGAUUACAUUAGCCUUUGAGGUCAACACAAAAAUUAAAACUUUCAGGGUUUUGCAAAAAUGUAUAUAUUUAAUGCUGUGCAACUGCUAAACUAUGCAGUUUUUGUUGAAGAAACUAAAAAUGACUAGCUCACUAACCAUCUAUGAUUUUAUGUUCUUUUGACUUAAAGUGAAAGAAGAAAAAUAGAAUUGCAACAGAACUCAAUGGUUAUUGUUUACUAUCCAUACUUCUUAUCACUUUAGUUUUCCAUCAGUCAAUAAAAUUUACUUUUCCACUAAUACGUUCGAUUUUUUUUAAGUUUCAGAAAUAAUGUGAAAGUAUUAGUUUUGCUUAUAGCACAAUCAAUUAGUUGGAUCAUUUAAAUUCAGUGAAUAUUUACUCAGCACUUUCUGCGUGCUAAACCCUUCCAGACAUACAGGAUGCAUAAAAUAUAGUUGAUGUCCUCAAGAGCAGCUUAUAGUUCAGGGAAAAUAGAGGACGUGGGUAAGUAAAGACAAGAGCAAAAAUAAUUACCAUACAUAUUACACUGAGUGUGUACCACAUUGUUUGGAAAUUGAGAAAACUUUCAUGAGAUAGUUUUUGGAGGAUAGAAAAUAUUUCUAUAAAUUUGUUGAGAGUCAUUCCAGGCAGAAGGAAGAAAAUCUGGGCUGCAAGAUUUGUUUAAAAAUGGUGUGGCUUAAGGACAGUAAUGUGACAACUAGGAAUAGAAAGAGUGUGUGUGUAAGGAAUGAAUGAGAGAUUUUUCAUAGGUAUAUCAACAGCUAGAAUAAUUACUAGUUUAUGGGAUUCAUUUUUUAGUGUAGUUAGUGAAAUAUAAUUAUGGUUCAUUAAAAUAAAUAUAUUUUUGUCUGAUAACAAAGAUGAACGUGAAAAUAUUGGUUUUGGCCUCCAAAACCAGUAUUAUAUAAGGGGUUCCACUUCAUGACAGUCUUUGAGGAAAAAACACUUAAACAGAAAAGUAAUGAAAUUGUAAUCAUUGCCUAUAGGUCUGGCUCCUCCAGGAGGUUACAUGAACCUUGCAAAGAAAUGUAAUUUAUUACUCCCUAUAUUCCCAGUGCUUAGCUUGCUAUGUGGCAUAGGCUAACUAUUUGUUUAGUUGAUUAAUAAAGUAACCAUUUUUGGAUAGUUUAUUCCACACUUUACCUUUGAUUAACAAUAGGUACCAUCAGUACAUAAUUAAUUCAUUAAACACAUAUGGUAAUAUUCCGUGAUUACAUAUUUUUCAACCCAAUCUGAAUAAAAUCAGAUUUCUAAUGCUGUCUUAUAUGAACAAGGUGAGACAGAAGUUGAUUAAUUUCAAUUAUAAUUGAAUUAUCCAAGUAGUUAAUGAACUGAAUUAUCAAAGCAUACUAUAUUGUCUGCUUUUGAUUGUUUACCAGAACAUUAUCCAUUUGGUACACUAUCUAGCACCUAUCACAGUGCCUGGCACAUGGUAGACACUCAAUAUAUGUGCCAUUUUUACUAGUGUAUAGUGGUUAAAAAAUACCUGGGCAUAAAGAAAACUCUCCAAGAAGAGAAGACUCUUUUGUGUUAGGCAUUCUCUAGACCACUGUAUUCAUAGCCCUAUUUUUCUACCUGAAUGAACUUUCCUGAGUUGAUGUCUCCUUCCCUCAGGCUUCAACACUCACAUCGAGGCUGAUGUGUCAGUUUCAGCAUGGAAAUCUUUAUCUAGUAAGAGAUAGAAAAAGAUAAUCAGUAGUCAGUCUGGUGAUUUUGUCUCCGUUAAUUGAUUUCUCAGGCAUUCUGCUUUCGUACAUAUCAGCACUUAGAUUAUUUUCAGUUUCUUGAGUUCAGUUGAACUGUUGAUAGCUUAUUAUGUUUCAGGCAUUGUGCUAAAUACUGGAGAUGCAAAUAUAAUGAGACAUCUCGAUACUUAAAGGUGGUCCACAAUCGAUUGGGAGAAAACAGAUAUGUAAGAAGAUAAUCAUAAAGUAUUCCCAUAAAUAAUAAUAUUGAUGUAUUCAAAUUGCUAUUGGAGUAAAGAAGAAAAUACAUCUUAUUACUUUAAAGGGGUAUUUUAGACAACUUAAUAAAAUUUUAUUUAAAAAGUGAUUAUGGCAAUAUAGCCAGUUAAUUAAAUUCAGCAAAUAUUUUUGACAUCUUCUGUGGGAUUUUUUACUUCUUUAAUGGUGUUAGUAAGACCAGAGGAUCUAGAGUGAUGUUCAAGUCCCAGUCCUACCACUUAAUUAGUGUAUGAACUUGGCCCAUAAUAAGUGCUCAAUAAAUGACUGACAGAAUGAAUUUGGGUAUUAAAUGAGAACAGAUAGUGAAAAUAUUGGAUAAAAAGCUGAGUAAGAUGUAAUCUCUGCCUUCAAGGUAUUUUCAGUCUAAAAGGAAUAAAAGGAGUAUAGCACACAACUAGAAUUCAAGAUAAAAAAUAGAAAUUCACAAGAAUCUAUGUUGAUUAGAAGAGAGUAUACCUGUUGAGGAAGGACAGUUAUUAUAGAAAAGAUAACAUAUUUGAAAUGUUCCUAAAGGGUAGGCAGCCUUUCCACAAAGUUUUAAAGGGUAGAAAUCAUUCAAGAAAAAGGUAAGUUUAAAACGAUAGGGAAGAAGGAAAAGCAUUGGGUGUGUUCAGGGUACAAAAAGAUAAAAGCAAAGGAUGUGUUGAGGGAACAAGAGUGCCUUCACUUUGCCUGAGGCAUAUGUUUAUAGAGGAAAACAAUGAGAGAGCCAGAAAGGCAGCUGGGGAAAUCCAUCAUCCAUCUUGAAUUUCAGAUUACGAACUCGUUUCUUAACUUGAUAGGCAGUAGGGGAACAAUUAAAAGUUUGUGGACAAACGAGUAAUGUAAUCAGAGUUGUUCUUUAAGAAGAUUAAAAGGGUUGUGAUAUAAUAGAAGGUUGUAGAGAGAGUCAGCGGGAAGAGAACAUCGAGGAGGCUUUUGUAAUAGAAGUAGGAGGUAAGGAGGAUCUAAGCUAAAGAUUCCAGUGAGAUUCAGAAAAUGGAAUAAAACAGUUGCAAGGGUGAAAUCUAACAAAUUUGAUUGAAGAGUGAGAAAAAGAACAAGGGCAUCAGAGAUGAAAAAAGAUCUCGAACCUGGAUGAGAGUGAAAAUGAUGGUACCGUUUAUUACUAGAGUACAGUGAUGGUGGAAAUUAUGUGGGGGCCAUGGACACAAUUGACUUUUGACAUGUUAAAUUGGAUUUGUCCACAGAGCAUCUAAAAGUAAAGAAUCCCUCAUGUUGGAAAAAGAGAUUUGGUCCUUUGAGAAAGGCUGGAGUGAUGGAUUUGGGAUCCAGUGACAAUUAAAUUGAAUGAAUUGUUGACAUACAAAGGCAAAAGGAUUCAAAGGGAAGUAUUGCUGAGAACAGGGUUUGAGGAUGGUAGAAAACAGAGUGAUCAGAAAGGUGGGAGGCCUGGGUGUGAAUGCUGUUGGUAGACCAAGGAAAGACUAUUGGAUUUAUGAGCUAGAGAUCCCAUUGAUCACCUUCAAAAUAGUUUUUUCAAUAGUUGGCAUAGAGCAAGGUAUUAAAGAGAACAAAGUUAGACUCUUUAAGACUUUUGAGAGUUAAAAAAAAGAGGUCUGAGGUGUCUUGAGUGCUACAAGAUUGAGUGAGGGUUGAUUGGUUUUUAUUUAGGACAGAGGAGACAGUGAGGAUACUCACAAGCAGAAAGAAAGGAGUCAGUUAAGAAAACAAAGAGAUGAGGAGUGAGGCCUAAAGGAUUGACUCCAGAGCCGGCCACUUGCCAUUAUAUGAUUUGGUUGCCUUAUCAAAUGUUUCUAACUGAUAGUUUAAAUUUAAGCAACUCUCUGUUAAUAGAAUUAUAGCCCUUUACAUAUGAUAACAUUAGGAAUGUUUAAACAGAAUUUAAGGGUUUAAAAAAGAAGUAAACAGUUUCACUGCUCACAUUAGUAAAUUUCCAUGAUUUAGCUAUUACCAUAAACUUUAGGAAGGAAAAAUUCCUGAAACAGAGACAAGAUGUUAAGUGAAAGCCCAAAGUCUGUAAGUCAUUGAGUAAUUGUUCUGGGAUAAAUUUUUAAUUGAAUUUGAAAUGUUAUUUACUGCUGGUAUGGUUGUUAUGAAGUAGGUACCCAUAUGUACUAUUAGUGGCCGUGUGCUUUUGUUUCAGCCUUUUGGAAAAGCAGUAUAGCAGUAUGUUUCAAGAGCCAGAAAUAUGUGCAUACCCAGUAAUCCCAAUGUAAGGAUAAUUUUUCCUAAGAAAAUAAUUUGAAAGCAGAAUAAAUUUAAAAGCCAGAUCUAUACAGGUGUGCUGGUUUGGAUGUAUUAUGCCCCCCCAAAUGCCAUUAUCUUUGAUGCAAUCUUGUGGGGGUCGAUGUA